GCCGGUGGCUCCUUGCCAUGAGCAGCCCGAAGGCAGCAUGAAAGCGGGCAGGCGCGGCUAUCCAGCCCGCUCCGGUGUAGGAUGGCUCUUGGCGAAGUGUUGCUGCUGCUCCUGCAAAGAGGCAUAUUCAGUCUCUUCCAAUGAAAACGGGGGCAAGUCCGAUUCAGUGGCCAACUUACAGCCCCAGCCAUCCCUCAACUCCAUCCAGAGCUCUCCCGGCCCCAAGCGCUCGACCAACACACUGAAGAAAUGGCUGACGAGCCCCGUGCGCCGGCUGAACAGCGGGAAGGCCGAGAGCAACAUCAAGAAGCAAAAGAAGGUGCGAGAUGGCAGGAAGAGUUUUGACCUCGGCUCACCAAAGACUGGAGAUGAAACCACUCCUCAAGGAGACAGCGCGGAUGAGAAGAGCAAGAAGGGUUGGGGAGAAGAUGAGCCAGAUGAAGAGUCUCACACACCUCUUCCUCCUCCUAUGAAGAUUUUUGACAAUGAUCCAACCCAAGAUGAGAUGACCCUUGAAGGAGGAUCUUACCGAGGAAGCUUAAAAGAUGCCACAGGCUGCUUGAAUGAAGGAAUGGCACCUUCAACUCCCCCAAGAAACCUUGAAGAGGAACAAAAAGCCAAAGCAAUGAGAGGCAGGAUGUUUGUCUUAAAUGAACUGGUCCAGACUGAAAAAGACUACGUCAAAGACUUGGGAACUGUUGUGGAGGGCUUCAUGAAGAGAAUAGAAGAAAAGGGAGUUUCUGAAGAUAUGAAAGGGAAAGACAAGAUAGUGUUUGGCAAUAUUCACCAGAUCUAUGACUGGCACAAAGACUUUUUCCUGGCUGAACUGGAAAAAUGUCUUCAGGAGCAUGACCGUUUAGCACAGCUUUUUAUUAAACAUGAGCGGCGAUUACACAUGUAUGUGGUGUACUGCCAAAACAAGCCACGAUCUGAAUAUAUAGUAGCUGAGUACGAGGCAUAUUUUGAGGAGGUUCAACAGGAAAUAAACCAACGGCUGACCAUCAGUGACUUUCUGAUCAAACCCAUUCAGAGAAUAACUAAAUAUCAGCUUCUUCUCAAGGACUUCCUGAGGUACAGUGAAAAAGCUGGUCUGGAGUGCUCUGAAAUAGAGAAAGCAGUUGAGUUAAUGUGCCUUGUACCAAAACGUUGCAAUGAUAUGAUGAACCUGGGUCGCCUCCAAGGCUUCGAGGGUAAGCUGACAGCCCAGGGCAAGCUGCUGCAGCAGGACACCUUCUACGUGACAGAGCAGGACUCCGGAGUUCAGUCUCGACCAAAGGAACGCAGGGUGUUUCUCUUUGAGCAAAUAGUUAUCUUCAGCGAGCUGCUUAGGAAAGGAUCUUUAACACCAGGGUACAUGUUCAAGAAAAGCAUAAAGAUGAACUACCUUGUCAUUGAAGAAAACGUGGACAAUGAUCCCUGCAGGUUUGCUCUAAUGAGCCGAGAAACAUCUGAGAGAGUCAUUUUACAGGCAGCUAAUCCAGAAAUUCAGCAGGCUUGGGUACAGGACAUCAACCAGGUCCUGGACACACAAAGGGAUUUCCUAAAUGCACUGCAGUCUCCCAUAGAGUACCAACGCAAAGAAAGUAGCACAGCAGUGCUGAGGCCCCAGGCUGGUAGGGUCGCUCAGCCCAACAGCAGACCCUAUUCUUCUGUUCCAGUAGGGUCUGAGAAGCCUUUGAAGGCUACAAGCCGUAACCCAUCUCUCCCACCCCUGAAGAUAUCUACCUCCAAUGGCAGUACAGGGUAUGAACAGCCCGGAGACAAGUAUGAACAAAGCAAGACUGAUUUGGGAGGGUGCAAUGGAACCUCUUCCAUGGUGGUGAUUAAAGAUUACUAUGCUCUGAAGGAGGAUGAGAUCUGUGUGAAUCAAGGAGAGGUGGUUCAGAUCCUUGCUAUCAACCAGCAGAACAUGUUCCUGGUGUACCAGCCUGCAAACGACCACUCUCCAGCUGCUGAAGGAUGGAUCCCUGGCAAUAUCUUGGCUCCCCUCACUAAAUCCACUGCAGAUAAUAGCGACGGAAGCAUCAAGAAGUCAUGUUCAUGGCAUACCCUGCGCAUGAGAAAGCGGGCGGAAAAGGAGAGCAGUGGCAAAAAUGAAGCCAAUGGGCCACGUAAAUCCAAGGAUAUUCUGGGGAACAAAGUCUCUGUUAAAGAGACAAACAGCUCAGAGGAGUCAGAGUGUGAUGACCUUGACCCCAAUACUAGCAUGGAGAUAAUCAACCCCAAUUUCAUUCAAGAAGUGGCUCCAGAGUUCCUUGUGCCGUUGGUGGAUAUCACCUGCCUGCUUGGUGACACUGUGAUGCUGCAGUGCAAAGUCUGCGGCCGGCCCAAACCAACGAUAACCUGGAAAGGACCAGAUCAAAACAUUCUUGACAAUGAUAACAGCACGGCCACGUACACGGUGUCAUCCUGUGACUCUGGGGAGCUCAUGCUGAAGAUUUGCAAUGUGAUGCCUCAGGACAGUGGCAUUUACACCUGUGUGGCAACUAAUGAACAUGGAACGGCAUCAACCUCAGCCACAAUCAAAGUGCAAGGUGUUCCGGCUGCCCCAAAUCGCCCCAUUGCUCAGGAGAGAAGCUGCACCUCUGUGAUCCUUCGCUGGCUGCCUCCAUCCAGUACAGGCAAUUGCACCAUUUCUGGCUACACUGUGGAGUACAGAGAAGAAGGCUCACAGGUCUGGCAGCAGUCAGUGGCCUCCACACUGGACACUUACCUUGUCAUUGAAGACCUGUCCCCAGGGUGCCAGUAUCAGUUCCGUGUGAGUGCCAGCAACCCCUGGGGGAUCAGCUUGCCCAGUGACCCAUCUGAAUUCGUGAGGCUUCCAGAAUAUGACUCUGCUGCUGAUGGUGCCACUAUUUCAUGGAAGGAAAACUUUGAUCUCGCUUAUGCAGAGCUGCAUGAGAUUGGGAGGGGACGAUUCUCCAUCGUAAAGAAAUGCGUUCACAAAGCUACCCGGAAAGAUGUUGCUGUAAAAUUCAUCAGUAAAAAAAUGAAGAAGAAGGAGCAAGCAGCCCAUGAGGCAGCUCUGUUACAGCACUUACAGCAUCCUCAGUACAUCACUAUCCAUGAUACCUAUGAGUCUCCUACUUCUUACAUCCUAGUUCUGGAGCUGAUGGAUGAUGGUCGUCUCCUAGAUUAUCUAAUGAACCAUGAUGAACUUAUGGAGGAAAAAGUAGCUUUCUACAUAAGAGACACAAUGGAAGCCUUGCAGUAUCUUCACAAUUGCCGAGUGGCUCAUUUAGAUAUAAAGCCAGAGAAUCUGCUGAUCGAUUUAAGGAUCCCAGUUCCUCGUGUCAAGAUCAUUGAUUUGGAAGAUGCAGUUCAAAUCACAGGCCAUUACCAUGUCCACCAUCUCCUUGGAAACCCAGAAUUUGCAGCCCCUGAAGUUAUCCAGGGCCUCCCUGUGUCCCUGAGCACAGAUAUCUGGAGCAUCGGAGUCCUCACCUAUGUCAUGUUGAGCGGUGUCUCACCCUUCCUAGAUGAAAGCAAAGAGGAGACUUGUAUCAAUGUGUGCAAAGUCGAUUUCAGCUUCCCACCUGAGUACUUCUCUGAUGUGAGCCAUGCCGCCAGGGAUUUCAUCAACGUCAUCCUCCAGGAAGACUUCAGGAGGAGGCCGACAGCAGCCACUUGUUUACAGCACCCAUGGCUGCAGCCACACAAUGGCAGCUACUCCAAAAUCCCACUGGAUACCUCUCGCUUGGCAUCCUUCAUUGAGCGCCGCAGACACCAGUAUGACGUGCACCCCGUCCCCGGUGUCAAGAGUUUCCUGAUGAACAGGCUUAACCCUGGGACAUAAUGCCCACCUCCCCGGACACUACACUGGACCAUGCUGGUCCUGAGGCAUGGCGCAGGGAGUGAGUAGGCCCAAAGCAGAGCUUCUGUACAUACUUCUGUAUUCAGUGUUGGCAUUUGAAGGUCCAAAUCUGUCCAGAGGUCCCAGUACCUCCUCAGUUACUCAGGAUCAAAGCAAGCAGGGUAACGGUGACAGGUACUUAGGUGUUCUCUUCAAUGAGCACCUUCUGGAAGCAUCUCCACAAUAUGCAGCAGCAAACACCAACUGGAGACAAGAACCAAAACUGCAGUUGCCUUAAUCUUUGGGAGGCAGCCUUACCAGAAAUCCUCUUGAUCUUGCUGAACUGAUUUCUGAGUGUACGAGAGAUUAGCUGUAGGAUAGUGUGUGGAGGAGUAAGUCUAGGCUGACCUUUGUGUGUAUUGCAGGACUUGGCUGAAUGCAGCUCUCACUGAAGUCACUGCAUGCCUGCUCUGGGUUAACAGGUGGAUUUUUUGUGCUCUGUAUGCCCAGGUCUCCCAUGAUUUCUGUGAGGACUUCACCUGCAAGAUCAGGCCCGUUGGAUCAGCUUCUGUGGUGGCUUGGCUUAGGUACAUCCUCAUUACAUGAUAGUGCUCAGAAUAAAAUCCCAUGUUAAUCCUUGGGCUUUCUACUGCUUCAAGUCAACAUGCAGUACCUUUUGGAGCUAUGAUUGAGGCAAUGAAUUCAUUGGAGCAUACAGCUGUUUCUGACUAAGCACAACGGGACUAUGAUGGUGUUUGUUUUUGUUUUUGUUUUUUUUUUAACACAUUUUAUAUACACUGUACAGAAAUCUUUUGCAAAACCUGUGCAUUGAGAAAAGGCUGAGUCCAAUUUUUGCAGUAUCUGUAAACUAGGUGAUGAUUGAUGAAGACAAUUUUUUCUAUCACAGGUUUUCAGUAUACAUAUAUUGUAUCAUAUAUAUAUAUAAAUAUAUAUAUAUAAAGGAUCCUGUUCCAUUUCUAGCUUCAGAAUUGCUUGGCCCAAAGUCCAUCUAGAGCCUUUCAAAGUGCAGUUGGUAAGUGGUGAGUCCAUCCUUGUGCUUACAGCUUGAAAAUCAUUUUCAGUGUUUAAAGUAUGUCAUUUGUUUCAUUUCCAGUCUUGUAAAUAUCUCGCAGCUGCCGUUAGCACCUCAUCACCAAAGCAUUUGUGAGGAUAUUUUUCUGUCCAAAGCCUAAUUUGUAAUAAAAAAUAAAAAUAAAAAAUAAAAAAUCCAUAAUUAAAACAUUUCUCUCUUGCAAGCCAAGAUGUAACAUCAUCACUCUGAUGUUACAGUGACGGAGCCAGCCUUAAGUAUGAGCAAUGCAGGGAGUCUGCAGUGACAGAUCAGCAGUCCGUGGGCUGGCCAAGUCUUCUCUCUAGCAGCAGGAAGGGAAAACACCUCCCUGGUUGCUGCACCAUAAAACCCUGCAGCCUUCCAGUUGAUGAUCAGACUUUUUUCCCUUUGGCAUAUUAGUAUAUUGUCUCAGUGCUGAGUGUCACUGCUGUGCCUGCAAUAGGAAAUAUCAGUUGUUACCAAAGCUUUUCCUAAGGAAAAGGGCUUAUUCUGGCCAUGUGUACUCAGUAGAGGCUCUCUUGAGAUAUCUCAUCAGGGCAAGAGCCAAAUUCAAUUCACCAUCCAACUAACUGCACUGUGAGCCUGUGAUAUAUCGUCAGGAGCAAAAGCUGGUUCUACCAGCAGGUGACAGAGACACUCUGCAAGUAUUGUGAAUUCCCAGGGCUCUGCCCUUCUGAUCCACCUCUGAGCUCAGUUUCAUGGCAUUUGGAGACCUGGCCCUUCUCUUUGUGCUUGCUCUACCAGGAUGCUAGAGCAGUCAGGCACAGCAAGUUACACUGUUCAGAUCUGGGAGCCACAGGCAGAUGGGUAAGCCCACACAGAGUCAGAGACAGCAUACAAGAUUUAGUGUGUGAUCUGAUCCAGGGGGAAGUUGAGGGAAGGCUUGAGUGUUCAUGGAGGGCUAAAACUUUUGAACCCAUUUCAGUUUCCCUCUGUAAUGCAGCAACAAAUUUUCCAAGCAAUUCAGUAGCGCCUCAAAGACAGAGACCAGACUCUCCUUCUGAGUGGGAGUGUUAGCAACUGAAACAUCUCCAGGCAGUCAUCAAGGGGUGUCUUUAAUUAGCUCCAGCCUCAGGUACUUCCUCACUGCAGGACUGUUUGUGCUUCUUUCCAUUUGUCAAACCUGGCUCUUUGUGCUGUGAUUGUGCUGCCUUUCAGAAAAUGUUUAUGGAAGUGUGGUUUAUAAAACCCACAGCUUUUAUGGGGCCCGUGGGUACACUUUAAACAACACUCUUUCUGCUUGGCACCAGUACAAACAGAUUCUCACGUAUCACAGGAAAUCUCAAGCUAUUUAUCAUUUUAUUUUGCUAUGUCCUGCAUUCACAUUUCAAACUGUGAAAACAGGCACUGUGGGCCUAUAGAGGGAAAAGAUUGGAUUGAUUAAGGGAAUAUUUAAGCCUUUCUAUGUCUUUUCUCUCUUCUGUUCUCAUUUGAUAGAAACUGGAGGCUUAAAUAGUGCUUUAAGAAUUCUUUAAAGCAAUCCAAGCUUUCCAAGUCCAUUGCCUUUUUAUUUUAAACGGCUUUAUUUUCAUUAACACUUACCUUUAAAAUAAUUUUACUUUUAACCUAAGGUGAAGCUGAGACAAAGCCUGUGCCCUCAGUGGGUCUUGUUACAAAUGCCACAAAGGCUGAAUGCAGAACUGCGCGGUGCAAUGUGACUAUAUAUAACUGUAUUUUAAUGCCCUUGCAAUGAGAGGGCUGCAUCAGGUCACCUGGGCUAUGUCAACUCCCAGAGACAAACGUCCAGCAUAGGGCCUGGGUUUGUUUUGUGGCUCAUUGGCAGUGUUCUAUCCAACAUGGUGCUUCCCAAAGAUGCAAAGCCAGGCUGCCGAGCUGGGUCUGGCACUGUGCUGUGUCAGCACUGCGUGUUGGCUGUGGCAGAGUGGUGGGACAGGUGAGCGUGGCUCUGCACAGACCGUGGCCACCUCAACCUUGUUCACUAAGAGCAAAGCUCUAUGCUCAUCAGCUUUCCAACAGCCAGCUGAAGAAGGAAGGGGGAUGGCCCAGCUGAUGGCACGGUGUUGUCAAGGCGCAAAGUGAUGCCACAGCCUUAACGAUGUCAGCGCACAGUGCAGCCUGGAGCACACUGCUACGCCAGGCGUGAUCCAACGCUACGGACAUGGCUUCGGACUGUGCCCCCUCCCUAUGAACGGACUGUGCUAACGAUGCAGUUUCUGGGCUUUAUUUUCUUUAUUUAUUUUGGAUUAAACUCAGUUGUUCAGAGAA